GGAAGGCAGUCUAUGCCAACAACUGACAACGUUGACACUAUACCCAACACAGGACGUUUAAAAAUUUGUUCUUCAACGUUGUCGGAACGGAUCUUUCGUCGCGCCGCGAUCGGGAAUCAAGGGGACUGAAUCGGGUGCAUAGAGUGUACGGAUCUCUCAGUGCUUUAGUGUGUGGAAGUGAAAAUUUUGCCAAUCUGGCGGCGUACCUUGAAGGAGGUCCCGCAAUUGCCCCUGUGGGGACCCUCACGUUAAGGGCCGGGUUGGCCCAUGUGCCUAUCGGGCCCAACUCUGGUUACUUACAUUCAACCCACAAUAUAGGUCGGUGUGAGCCAGCAGCCGGGAUGCUGAUAGCCUGCGCGGGCUGCGACAAACCUAUCCUGGACAAGUUCCUACUGAACGUCCUGGACAGGACUUGGCACGCCGAAUGCGUCCGGUGUUUCGACUGCCACGCACCUUUAACUGAUAAGUGCUUUUCCAGGGAGAGCAAGUUAUUUUGUAGGAGUGAUUUCUACAGACGGUACGGCACUAAAUGUGGUGGAUGUGGUCAGGGAAUAUCGCCGACUGACUUAGUGAGGAAACCGAGAGACAAAGUGUUCCACCUGAACUGUUUCACCUGCCUGGUGUGUAGGAAACAGCUUUCCACGGGGGAAGAACUCUACGUCUUGGACGACAACAAAUUCAUCUGCAAAGAAGACUAUCUAAGCGGAAACAAGACAGCUGUGAUUAGUUCGCAUCAUCAAGUUUCCGCUGAGCAAGAUGUAAAUGAAGUUGGACUUUUAUUCUCAAGACCCAUCAAAAAGGAAUCACUGAUGGGUUCGGCGUCAGAGGAUGAAGAAGAUGACGACAAUAGUACGGCAUCAUCAGUACUAAAACACCAUUCAUCAAUACAUAGUUCCCUUCCUGCACCCGGUGAAACGAAUAACAACUCUCUUCCCUCCGAUAUAAGUAGUUCAAUAGGACAGGAUUCAAAAACUGGUCAAGACGAUUCAGAAGACCAAAACUCUCUAGACGGCGACCCCGAAACGCGAGAUUCCCAAACCGAAAACAAAAGCCCUGACGACAGCAGUGCGGGUUCGAAACGUCGGGGGCCUAGGACGACGAUAAAAGCGAAACAAUUAGAAAUUUUGAAGACGGCGUUUUCGCAAACGCCGAAACCCACGCGGCACAUACGAGAGCAGCUAGCGAAAGAAACGGGUUUACCAAUGAGGGUGAUACAAGUGUGGUUUCAAAACAAACGGUCGAAAGAAAGGCGCCUAAAGCAAUUAACGUCGAUGGGUAGAGGUCCAUUUUUCGGAGGUUCUAGAAAAAUGCGAGGUUUUCCCAUGAACCUUUCACCUGGUGGUCUUGAGGACGGUCCCCCGGGUUUUCCUUACUUCGCGGACGGGAAAUUCGAGUUUGGCUAUGGAGGACCUCCUUUUCAUCCUCACGACGGCCCUUUCUUUCCAGGACAUCAUCCUGGAGGAGGUCCUGGAGGCCAGGGAAUGCCUUUUGGACAAGGAGGUGGUCCCAUGGACCACGGUCCCAUUCCUAUGGGAGCCGGUGACUUCGGUGCAAUGCCCAACGAACAGGGUCCGUUCAUGCCACAGCAGGGUCCAGGUCCGGAUAUGAUGCAGGGUAACAGUGGCGGGGGUCGAGGGGGAAGUCCCGAAUUUAUGUCUCCCGGAAACUUCUCCGACAACCCCCAACAGUUAAACGAAGGACUGGUCUGGUAGCUGGCAAAAGCUCUGGCCAAGAGGGCCAGAGAAUAAUGAUAGCUUAUUUUGUAAAUAGCCUUUAUUUGUAAAUCAAAAAUUAUGUGAAUCGAGAAAUGAAUCUAUAAAGAAAAUAUUUAAAUCGAUUUUGGAUACUAAACGGGUUGAUUUGUUUUUAAAUUUUUGUCCAGGCCUACAGAACUCUAGGCUAGAAUUCUAGGUCUACUCUAAAAGGCUACAGAACUUUAUUGUAGAAUCUUUAAACAUUCUAAAUGCUAUAACAAUAAAACUCUUAAGAGGAAACAGUAGCGAUCAACAGGUAGCGAAAACGCGUUCCAAGAUUGCGGCUGUAAUUUUGAAUAUUUUUUCGAGAUAUUUGGCACACCUAUUCGUAAUAUAAUAAAGAAUGGCGGUACAGAGCCCAAUUUAAAAAAUAUAUUUAUAUGUGUAAAUUACUCUGUAAUUAAAUACAAAGUUAAAAAAACGAGCCUGUACCGCCAUUAAGAAGAACAAAAAAAUACACUUUCUUCAAAUAAACUUUUUUAUUCGAUGCCUAGAUUUUGUGUCAUUUUGGAACUACUAAAAUUUUUUAUUUCAUUAGUAGUUCCAAAAUGACACAAAAUCUAGGCAUCGGAUAAAAAAGUUUAUUUGAAGAAAGUGUAUUUUUUUGUUCUUCUUAAUGGCGGUACAGGCUCGUUUUUUUAAUAUUGUAUUUAAUUACAGAGUAAUUUCCACAUAUUAAUAUAUUUUUCAAGUUGGGCUCUGUACCGCCAUUCUUUAAUAUAUUACGAAUACGUGUGCCAAAUAUCUCAAAAAAAUAUUCAAAAUUACAGCCGCAAUCUUGGAACUCGUUUUGGCUACCUGUUGAUCGCAUAUAAAACAGUAUAAGUUCUUAGAUAAAAGCAAUUUUUUUGUUCCUGAUUUAAAAACUCACCUAACAGUACAGAAUUAAAAAAUACUGGCUACUUUUGAAAGAAAAAUUGUCAUACUAUGUUCACUUCCAAUAGGGCUUCAUCGAUUGUGAUUUGUUUCGAGCUUCUGUCAUAUGUUGUAUAAUAUGUGUAUAUUAAUAUACACGGAUUAUACGACAUAUGACAGAAGGUCGAAACUCGAAACAAAUGACUGUGAAUGAAAAGCCAUAUUGAAAAUUUUCCUGGUGUAGGUGCCAAUAAUCGAACCCGAGCUCACCAGGUUAUUGAGCCAGUAACGCUGAGCUUUGCCCCCACUUUAAUGUUGAAGACAUUGAAGAUAGGUUUGAAGACUCAAACUUGGAUACAAAGAAGAAUUAUAAGAUCUAAAAAUUCUUAAGUUUGCCAACUGGAAAAACAAAUCAAGAUACUGAUGAACCAAACUAAAAAUUACAAUAAUUGUUUUUUAAAAUCAAUCAAGUUCUUAUUAGGUUUAACUGCAUCGAUUUAAAUAUUUUUGAGAAAAGUUAUAUUCGUCUAUAUGUUUCAGUAAUUUGGUCAAUUGUGAGAUAUUUAAAUAUAUGUUAAAUAUCUCACAAGAUUUAUAGAUUGACUAGUUUGUGAAUGACAACAAAUUGACCGACUAAGGAUGCUAAAUAUUAUAAUUUUUAAGAAAGGAAGAGCAAAAUAUGAAGAAGAAUUUCUUCUUCAUGUAUCAUCAUUUCCCUGUCGAGUGUUAAAGGCCAGCUAUUUCUCUGAUUUUUUUUUAUAUUUUGAACGUAUUCUUACUCUUCUUUUUCAAAGGAUUUAUCCUCCAUCCACUUUUUUCGCGAUCUUUACCUUUUGUUUUAUUAAUUUCUGUUAUUUCUUAUAUUCCUUCCUGUUGUUUCUCUGUAGUCUUCUCUGCUACAUCAAUCAAGAAUUUUAUUAUGAAUUUUAGUAUGAUUUCUUCAAAUCUUUAAACACUUGCCAUAUUUCUACACCAUCAUUUCCAUGCAUUAUUUUACUAAGCUAGUUAAAUAUAUCUUCUUCUAAAAAUAAAAAAAUAAAAAUGUAUACCAUUUUUAUUCAGUUGCAAUGCGAAAGCAAAACAAUCUUAUUUUUCACUUAGAAUACGGAGCGCAGUCCAGCACUCUAAAUCGACGAUUUUCGACUCUUAUUGGAGUCUCAUCGGAGAGACGUAGGCCUGCUGCUCCAUACUCUAAGCUAAGUGACCAACAUCGAGAGUUCAUCCCCCACACCGCAACUGACGUGAAUGGAUUAGGUGACUAGCGUCAUCUGGCCAUUGAAAGACAAAGUUUUUCAAUCCUAAUAGCGACAUUAUUAAUAUUGAAGAAUAUUAAAAAUGUUACUAAAAGAUUUUUAAAUUGAAAACUUAUUGGUCCAUUUCCCUGGUGACACCUUCUUUUACAAUAUUCAAGCCAGAUGGAUGCUGCAGUGAAGACAAAAGGGAAGGAAUAUCUUGUUCUCUUAUUAAUUGUUUUAUCCUCUAUGAGAAGCUUUUAGUUGUUUUGGGACUUUUUGAAUCUUUUUUCAGUUUAACUUUGAUGUCAGCUAUUAGAGGAUUGUGAUCUGAAUCGAUAUCUGCACUAGAAUAUGCCGUUAUUCUUUUUGUUUGUUUAAUAGAAUAUAAUUCAGGACCAACUUUCUUAAAUAAUUGAUAACUUGGUGCAAAAUAAUAAAAACGUUAUAUAAAAAAUCCAUUUAACAUAGAAUCCAAUAGAUACAUAAUAUAAGUAGCAAAAAAGCAUCGAAUGCAAUAAUUUAAAUUUUAAGACAAGACAGUUGGUAAAAUUUUUGAAAAAGUUACAAUACGAACUGGGGUUUCAUUUGUUUUCCUACUAAACUAGUCAAUGUAUUUACCAAAUACCCAAUAAAUUUGGCAAAAAGAAUACAUACCUUCUUGAUAUGUUAUAUUAAAACGUAGGUUUCUGUCUGCUUUUUGUCGAAUUAAGGUUGUGAAAUACUUGUAAAAACCCAAUGCAUUUGUAUAAUUUUUGUGCCCUCUAUCACCGUAAUAAUUUGUUUCUUUUUUAUGCAACCUGUGUAAGAAAUUAUAACUAGGGAAGCAAUAUGUUGAGUUUAAAAAAUUGUUCCUAUUUUGUUAAUGUUUUUUCUUGUUUAAAAUAAAAAUACACGAUAAUCAAAAAAUAUCUUCAUAUAUAAAUAUAACUAAACUAUAGAGUUCGUUUUUAACAAAUAUCUCCAAAAUUUUUUGUUCAUAUGUUAGUCCAGUUUUUUUAAAGUAAACUAAAUUCGCUCUCUGCCGAGAUUCAUUUUGACAAAUUCAGAGUAGGAAACAUACAACACAAAAAUUCCUACCUCACACUAUUAACUGCUCAAAUCAACGUAAUCUUGCAUUAAAAAAGAAGAAUUAUUGGAAAUACUAGGAGUGUAUACUAAACUCAUAGAAUAUUAUGAAUUUUAAUUCUUCAAAAUAUUUUUAUUUUUUACAAUAAAUAAUUUUCUCAUUUGUUAUCAAUACGUUAUAAUGGUCUAAAUAAAUAAUUAAUGAUUGGCGUAAGGUUUAUGAUAUUUAUGUCUGUUUACUUUACUAUUGGCUAUGAGCAGGUAUGUUUGGUUGUAUAGUAAUUUCCAGUCACGUCUAGCAACCUAACUUCAAAAAAACUACCAACAUCACUAGACAGUUAUGUCUCAAACUAGCGAAUCGACUUUAAUUUGUAGUAUUUUAUGAGUUUAAAUAAAAAUAUAUUUUGUACUAGAAUUUUAAGGUUGAAAACAUCAAUAUAAUCUACAUAAAAUGAAAAAUGGUAUACCUUAAACCGAAGGCUUUUCAAACAUAAAGAACUUUAGUUUUUUUGUAGAAGCAUAUGUAGAAGAUAUAACUGUCACAACAGCAUAACUGAUUUUUAAAAUAAAGACUGUUUUCAUUUUUACAUUCAGUCAUUCGUCAUUCUACAGUGACAAUGUAGCUAGCAAUGUAUGCAAUGUUGCCGAGUAAACGUCUGUAUUGUAGGUAUAUAGAUUUAUUUUGCGAAGAUAUUUUCUGACCAUCCUGUACGUAAUAUCUCGCACAAAUAGACGGUAACUAACAUCCCUUUUAAUGUAUAUAUUUAUUAAUUUUGUAAAUAUGGCGACAAUGUUUCCCAGAAUUUUGCUUACCACAAAAAUAUAUUAGAGCAAAUUAUAUUGUAUUUAAAACGCUGAGAAACAUUGUCUGUUGGUUAAUAUCAUUAACCCUCCUCACCUCAUGCCCGUGUAUUUUUUGUAAAUUUUCUUUUAUUUCAAUUUUUACUAAGUGCCAAGCAACUUACAGGUUGAUAUCAUUCGAGCUUUAACUCUGUUGUCCAUGUUUCAGAUCAGUAUUCCACAGGGAGCCCUUCUGGUUCCGUUGCUUAUCAUCAUGUAUGAGUUAACGUCGAUUAUAUCAACCUCGUUGAUUAUUUAAUACAUAAAAUAUUGUAAUAUUUAUAAAAUAAAUGUAUAAAGUAGCAUACGCUUGUACAUAUUUCAUAAAAAUAUAUGUUAUGUUAACACAGCUGUAAAUGACCUGGAAAAAUAUCUUCCUGGAUAUUUUUCUAGAAAACCUACGCAGAAAAAUGCCUAGUUGUCGUACAAAGUAUUUGUACAAAAACUAUAUCUGCUGUAUAAAGCCCUCCUGAUAUAUUAGUGUAAAUUGUUAAUACUAGGUGUCCUAAUAAUAAACACUUCUUUAAAA